CCAGAUUAAAAAAAAAAAAAUAAUGAUUAUUUUCCGUCUCUGAUUUAUUUCUUGUUUAUGUAAAAACUCAUCUAUGUUGUAUGUAGCGUGAAUUUCCAGUGGGAUCAAAUCGUUUUCAAACGUUUAAAAUUCUGUCAAAACCAACCACUGCGUAUUCACCUUUAUCAUUGAUUUAUUUGGGAAUCAAUUUGUUAAUAUGUAUGUCAAAAUACGAGUACACACAAUUGUACAUUCGUACAUACCCAGCUAGCACAUUUGCCAGACAAUUUCUGAUAUCAGACAAGUCGGAAUAAAAAGUUGACUAUUUAGACAAGUCUUACAGGUUUCGUACAGAUUUCUGGGCGAAAUGUCUGGAUAAUUUUAUUUAUUUCCUUAUCCGAUAUGGCUGAUCGAAUUAUGUCCGAUUUCGGGCAUACAUGUCUGAUAAUUCUUCUUUUCCAUGAUUAUUUGGUCAGACAUCUGUUAGAUAUCCGUCAGAAUCGUCGGCAAUUAAGUGAGAAUUUCCCACGUUGUGUCGGUUAGACUUCCCGCCAACGUCUCCAUACGCUUCUCUGACCGAUAUCGGCUAAAAUCGUACAGAUUUCUGACUAUGUUGCUAGCUGGGUAUGUAUGUUUGUGUAUUGCUUACCUUUUGUAUUUGUUUGUUGACAGGUAUUUGUUUAUUUACACAGUUUAAAAUUUGUGUACAUAUGUUCCUAAAAUACUUGGGGCCUGCGGCACUAUAUACAUACGAAUAUAAUACGUAUGUAUGUAUGUAUGUAUGUAUGUAUAUAAGGUGAAUAAUUUUUAUUUUAUCUAAAAAAAAGUAAUUGAUAAGCGCCUGACCACUAACAACGCAUGGCAACAAAUAUAUUAAAUAUAAACAUAUCUAAAUGCCUACAUUAAUGCAGAUAUGUACGUAUGUAUGUAACUACAUGAUAUCUACAUAUUUACAUAUGUAUAUGAUAUGUAUUAAUUAUCUAUUGUGAUUUAAUCAGAGGCUACAAUAAAUCGCGUACGUGAGCAAACAAUAAUAUAAGACAUUAUUUAAAAGCCAUCAUUUUUAACGCAGGAGCUGAGAAAUCAAUUAACUUUCUACCAUAAAACAUUCACCGUUUGGAGUUGUCCAUUGAAAGACAAUUUAAAGUGAAAACGUUUUACUCUUUAUGUGAAUAUAAAGAUACGAAACGGUGAAAAGUAAAAAAGUGAUAUUCAAAAAUGACUGCUGUGGAUUCUAAAUCUGCUGAACGUUCUCUUUGGGAAAAUAUUUUGCAGCGAAUAGAGAUUUUUAUAUGGGUUUUAAAUCAAGCCUGUAUUGGAUUUGUAACGAUUUACAUGUUUUGGAUAUGUAUUUACAAAGGCAUGGGUACUAUGGAAUUGCAUGCCUUCCUAGUAACCAUUGGGUUCUCUCUACUCAUGGCCGAAGGCAUAAUGUGUCAUUAUAGUAUUAACCCAUUAACAAAUGGUUUUAAACGCAAAACUAAAACUACCAUUCAUUGGGUACUACUCACAUUGGGCGGCGGUUGUGGUGUUGCCGGCUGUCUUGUUAUGAUAGUUAUAGUAAAACUAAAUAUGGAUCAAUUGCACAACAGACUAGGUUUCGCUGCUUUUAUUCUCUGUCUAAUCAGCAUGCUGUCCGGCUUGAGUGCCCUCUUUUCAAGUUAUUUACGUCGCAUUCUAAGUCCUUUACUAAAUAAAGGUUUUCACAAUUUAGUGGGAUUUGGUACAUUCUUAACGGCGCUGCUUGCACAAUAUUACGGUUACGAAUUCUUCCAUUCAAGUAUUAUAUGGUCAUUUAUCAAUGUACUACAAGUGGUGACCCUUGUCUCGCUAGUACUCACUUCCAUAGGCCCGCUUAAGGCACUUUAUCAGAAAAUCUCAAGUUAUUCUGAUUGAAUUAGACGUUAUCUAGUUUAGAAGCCAGGUAUCAAUGUAAGUGAUCAAAGUAGUUGUGAAGUAUUUUAGUUGUAAUUUUUUUUUUGUAAAUACGAGUACAUUAUCAAGUUCAAGUAUAUUUAUAUACAUAUCUAUCUAUGAAUGCAUGUAUUUGUACUAUAUAUCAUACAUUUUAUUCAUAAGAUUUGUAGAUAAGUGAAUAUUUUAUAGUUAAAAAGUAGUUUUGUAAUGUCGUAAUAAAAGGGAAUUUUAAUUUACUAAUACUGCUACUAUGAAUGCACGGCCGAGUAAUCAUAGCCAACUUAUGUACAGUAGUCGAAAAAAUUAUAGUCGCACCAAAUUUU